AGAUCUUUGCGUUGCAGCGCGUCUCUCGGAGGGGGAGAGGAGCGGAACGGGCACGGGAACGAUCUGACACGAGACGCGACCCAAUACAACACCAACGACGGCGACGACACAACACAACGACAACACGUCGAAGGUCGAGCCCACGUGACACACGGCGUUAGCCGGCGCUGCCAAAUAUUGUGGCCACGCGAGACGCGACGUUUGCGAAGCUGAUUCGCGCGUAUCAGCGUGCCGUGUAUCGCAUUGUGGAGAGUGACGACAACGUUAUCGGUGCAAGAAAAAGUCGCGAUCUCUGGUCCCCGAACUCGACUCGCGCGCGCGCGCGCGAGGGAUGACGUGCGCUCUCACACGUGAGCGAGAAACGUCGUCGACGGUGGUGAAUGUCGCAGGCAGACGAGGGUACCUAAAUGGUCCCCGAGUUUCGAUAAGGAACGUUACGAGUCGAACGCCCGAGCGGAAGCCCGAUGGAAGCGAAAAUGGCUCCUGCAGGAGUACCUUCAUCAAAUGGAAAUCUGCCACCGCCUGUUGGACCCACCCUUACCGGCACGUCGUUUGCCAGUUAUAAAAGAACCUGGUGGAGGAGAGUGGCACCCUGCUUGGCCUUUCUUGCUGCCUUUAGCACCGCCAUGGCUUUGCUCCUUGUCUGGAGUGAGGCCGCAGCUCUGAGGAGACAGGCGUUCGACGCGAACAUGACCAGGGACUAUGUGCUCGAUAGCGUCUCGAUGGACAAUCCGCAAUUGGUCGCGUACAUACGGCAGGUGCAUUUGAAGCCAACGACUCAUCAGGACCCGUUGAACGCCAAUCAGACGUCGGAGGAGAAGUACGUGGCUACCUUGUCGCAAGGAAAACGCGAGGGCAUCUACGCGGAGUACAUCAGCAGGAUAGGUGCGAUUUCCAGUACCGCUUGGCUAGAGUCCAAUUUGAGCUGGCGUGGUGUUUUGAUACUCACCGAGCCCAAGAGCUUCUUCGAGGCACAGCGAAGCAGUAGACAUUCACGGUCGAGAGUACUGCACGCCUGUCUCAGCACAGACAAGGAUACCAAAGAGAUCAAGUACCACCAGGAGUCGGAGGUUCAGGUCACCAAACUAGGCGAUGGUCCUAAUAGCCUCGUGUCGUCGGACGACGGUUUUCCUACCACUAGGCUCAAGUGCUUUCCACUUUAUAGCGUGCUGCUGGCGUACAACGCCACGAUCUUAGAUUAUCUAAGUCUGGACAGUCCCGAUGCUCCCGAUGGCCAAGUACUCGACACCAUCCCAUGGGACAUCAUAAGAAUAUCUAUACUGUCGAUACGUUGGAAUCCCCAUCACAGUGAGGCAGAGACAAAGAGCUUCAUCGACAAGAUGGCCAGCCGGAGGUACAAGCUCGUACACACAACAGACACCGGAAAGUCGAUUUUCCUGUACGAUACUCUACAUAAGAUUUGAUCCUUGACUCAGGUUUAUAGACUGGUCUGCGUCCGUUUCGCAGGAUAUACAAAAUAAUUUAAGCGACUUGAGAUAUACAUAUUAAUCCUACCCAUCGCGCUUUUCGUUCGUUCUUAAUAUUUUAUUUUGUCACAAUAUUUCUUUUUCGAUCAGAAUCGCGAUCUCGUGCAAAGGAUGAUUCUAUUCGUUGCAAUAUAUCGAGAACGCCGAAAAUAAUCGAUCGUGAAGUUCGUUUUUUGCCGAGUUUGUUAUUGGCCUCGUGCCUCUGACAUUCCAAAGAUGAAGUUUGCCUCCGCGAUUUAUGGAAUAUAUUUACCCGCUAUAACGAGCUAAUAACAAUCCACGAUCGAAUCUCGAUAGAUUCGCGAAUUCAAGAAUUUGGGUUUGAACUACUUACAAGUGCUACGAUUGUAUUUUGAGUGACUCAACAAUUUGAAAAAUUAAGAGUCAAAAUUAUAAUUGAAAAUUUAGACUUUUCUUUUCUCAAAUGCUCAAGAUCUCAAAUUAAAUUAAUAAUAAGAUUAAAAUUGAGCUAAAUUCAAAUCCAAGUUGAAAGCACUGGAAUCAAACUUCGAGGAGUUCCAAGUCACAAUUUCAACUUGUAAUUUGAGUUUGAAAAAUGUUUUGAGCAACGAGUAUCUCAUGCGAUUUCAAAUUGCGUAAGGUGUCUAAACAUUUUUUGCAGCUUUUAUACAUGGUUUCUUCGCAAAAUAUUCCUUUAGCCUCAAAUUAUAAUCACUGUGGACAUGAGAAAUCGAGGAGGAUUCAGAUUAUUUCUCGGCAUUCCCGAUAUAUAUUCCCGCGUAUCGAACGCGGCGGACAAUUGAUGCAAAAUGCAAAGAUUUUUUUCACAUCGAUGCGAGCAAAAUAUGGUGGCAUUCAAAAAAAACGCACGUAUAUUUUGCGGUCGUACAUGGCAGAAACAUGCGUUGUGAGUCCUUAAAUCUUUCGAACACGACUCCCCGCGUCUUACAUUUGUGUCUUAUCGCGAGACGUGCCGCGAUCUCUCACUUUACUUUCGGCUGUAGUUUACGCGGAUCGAUGAUCAUCAGUGAGUCGGACGGUGUGUUCUUUUAAUUUUUCUAUUCGUACAAAUGACGCGUAUGAUAAAGACUGAGAAAGUCCCGCGAAAACGCAGGGCUGCUCGCCGGCUCUCUUCCGCGACUCGUUUUCUUUGCGAUAGAAUUUCGACUUUGACUUCCAAAUCGUGCGGCACCGUUACAUAAUACUCUGUUUAUUUUCGUACAUAUCGUAUACGCGAAUGAUCAACGAAUGAUUCACGCCAGUGAUUAAUAAAAAUAAUUAUCUAAGUACUUAUUAAAAAUAAAAGAAAUGUCCAGAUGGUAGUCUUCAGCAUCAGACUAAUCUUCGACAUUUCGAAAAGAUUCACAUGCGUACAUUUAACGUUUUCUGUUAAUUCCUACUUGACACUCCAUGCCGUGAAUAUUAUCGAAUGAUUUUCAUUGAUUUGUAAAUACAUAUGUUUGUGAAU